AUGCCCGCGGCGGCGCCGCCGCGGCUGCGGCUGCGGCUGGCCCUCGACGCGAUGAUCGCCACGGGGCAGCCCUCCGCCGGGCCCGCGCCGGGCGCACCGCCGCCGCGUGGCGGGAAGGGCGGGAGGCGGCCGAGGAGGGCGGGCGCCGGCAGGGCGGAGCGCGGCGAGGCGGGGGGCCCGAUGGUGGGCCCCCUGUGGAAGACGCGCCUCUGCAAUUUCCACGCGUCCGGGGGCUGCCGCAACAGCUCCGAGUGCCCCUUCGCGCACGGGGAGGGCGACCUCAGGCCGUCGCCCGACUUCGAGCGCACCUCGGUGUGCCCCGCGCUGCUGAGCCGAGGCCAGUGCGACAGGCCGGGGUGCCGCUACGCGCACCACGCGGAGGAGCUCCGGGUCCAGAAGGGCCUGCUCAAGACCAAGAUGUGUGCGUUCUACCAGAGCGACCACUGCAUCGUCGGGGAGGCAUGCCGCUUCGCGCACAGCGAGCGCGAGAUCCAGGAGGCCCUCGCCAUGCAGCGGGCCGCCGCACAGGGGGCGCACCAGCCCCCACCGCCGCUGGCCGAGCCGGCGGCUCAGAAGAUGUCGAACCGGCAGCUCUGGCGAUCCUCCUUCGUCGCCCCGCUGGGCGACGAGGCGGCACCCGCCCUGGCCUCCGGCUCCCUCGGCAACCCGCGGCAGCUGCCAGAGCGGCCCGGGCAGCGGGCAGCGCGCGAGCUCAGCCCGCUGGCGCCGAGCGCGGCGGACAGCAGCGGCCCCAAGCCUGCUCGAGUUCCCCUGCCCGCGUUCAGCCUGACGGCCCCGCCCGGCCUACUCGAGUUCCCCGCCAGGGUCUCCGACAGCAAGGUGGUGAUCGACGCCGGCCUUGCCGAGAUAGAGGGCAUGGUCCUCGACAUCGAGGAGGAGGUGAUCGCCAGCAACGUCCUCCUCGAAUCGGGGCUGCCCCAGAAGGUUCCGCUUCCUGCUCCCUACAGCAGCCGCCUCCUGGCGCGAGUGGUCACGCUGGAGGAGGAAAUCGCCGAGCUCGGCCCCAGGGAACCCGCAGCCCCCCUGGUGGCCGAACUGACCAAGGCCAGGCUGGAGCACGGACGGCCCGGCGCGCCGCCGGCUGCGCUGGGCAGGCGGCGGAAGCUCACCAUCGGGGUCCGCGCCGACCUCGACGAGCUCGGCCUCGACGAUGGCGCCGGCGGAGGUGGCAGCGUGCGGGCGGGCCAGCGCUACGCCGGCUGCGCCCUGUGCCCGCGCGCCAACGGCAGCCACGCGGCCGGCGGAGGGGCGUGCGCGGCCUGCACGUGCGGCGUGAAGGUCGUCUCCCGCAACACGUUCCUGACCACCGAGGACGAGGAGGCGCAGGAGGCGGCGGCGCGGCGCGCGGCCGACGCGGAGUUCGCCCACCUCGAGACGCGCCGGUACGAGAGCGCGUGCUGCCGCGCAGCGGCCCGGCGCUGCCGCACCUUCCCGACCCCGCGGCUGACGAAGCUGCGGCCGGUGCUGGAGGGCAUGGACCGAAUCACCGAGGAUCAGGAGGAGGAGGGCGCCAACGGCGUGGGCCCCCUCGCGUCGCGCCUGGCGGCCGAGCGCGAGGAGCGGGAGCGCCUCGCGGCUGAGCUGGAGGAGCUUGACAAGGACAAGUCGACCGAGAUCGACGCCUUCAUGGAGUGCCAGCGGCACACCAACGACGUCUCGGAGAAGCUCCGGGCGGUCGAGAAAGCGUUGGAGCCGGACGCACUUGAGACACUGUACUCGGUUUUGCUAGAUAUGGUCAGUGACCUUGGCGCACCAGUUGAAUUCAACCAACACGUGUCGUGCUUUCUUCCGAUGGACGAGCAGCCUGAGGAGUUGGUGGACUUGGCUCGUGCUCCCGAUGCGCUCCGUCCUCUGGCCUUGCAGAACACAUCUUCCAAGGCCAGUGCCAGCAUGAUCGACCGGUCCUUGCGGUCGGUUGCGGAGGUGAGGUGCCAUCCGAUCCAGCGUGGCUUUCUGAAGGGCUGA